AUGGAUAAAGAAAUAUCGAGUGGAUCAAAUGAGAACUAUGACGAAAUCGAUAUUGAGACUGAAAUAGAAGACACAAAAAAUGUAGAAGUUGAAAUUGAGGAUCCUCAAGUGGGAAUGACAUUUAAGUCAAUUGAUGAAAUUUAUAAAUAUUAUUCAAGAUAUGGGAAGAGAAAUGGUUUUCCAGUGUCAAAGAAAUAUUGUAAAAUGGGAGAUGAUGGGGAGAAAAAAUAUGUAAAUAUUGCUUGUACUCAUGCUGGAAAGGCAAAAAUCAAAACAAGCAAUAUAGUUAAAUUACGCCCACAAACUAAAACGGAAUGCAAAGUUGGACUUAAUGCAAAUUUACAGGGCGAUGGAAUAUGGAUACUGCGCUCCUUAAGACUUGAGCAUAACCGUGAAAUGAGUCCAAGCAAAUCUCAUUUUUUCAAGCAAAAUAGGAUUCUUGAACCACAUGUGAAAAGGAGACUUGAAUUAAAUGAUAGUGCAGGGAUUAUAAUGAACAAAAAUUUCACUUCACUUGUGCUUGAAGCUAGAGGGCAUGAGAAGUUGUCAUAUUUAGAGAAAGAUUGUAGGAAUCAUAUGGACAAAGUUCGUCGUUUGAAACUCAAGAAAGGAGAUUCCACUACAAUGUAUAAUUAUUUUGUGAAAAUGCAAGUUGAUAAUUCAGAAUUUUUUUAUGUCCUGGAUUUGGAAGAAUAG